AUGCUCAAUCGUAUUAUUGGACGCAGAGGACUGCUUGUCUGUGGUCGACUACUGCGUCCAUUCGUCGGCAGUUUCAGCUGCGUUUCAUCUCCUCCCUCCUCUCCAAUUAACCUCAGGGAUCACAACAUCAACCACAUGUUUGGUGCGUACGAGGAGGUUCUUUCCAUCCAGAUCCACUAUCUUCGUCAGGGCCUAGGAGCCAACAAUAUCCUCCUAUUUCCCGGUCCAUUCGGCUCCAUCAGGACUGAUUACAUGGACUUCCUACAGCGUCUGAACAUAAACGAGUACGUUCCCUGGGGCUGCUUGGCACUGUGUGUUUUGACCAACUGGUGUAGAUAUAGACGGAGAUAGGUGUAGAAAGUCGCACUAGGAUCCAGCUCGGCGGAUUUGUUGCGAAAGGCUAUACGGUGCGUCCUGCAUGGAAGUAUGGCAAAUCAUGGGCUUGUCUUUACUGAUAUUGUCAUCAUACUUAAGUAGUAUUACAGGUCGAUGCCUCCCGUCAUUCCGGGUAAAUUGUAAACAUACAUCUGCAUUUAUGCAGCACCAGUGACAUGUGUGUCGAUGGUUUGCAAUUUACAACAGCUAACCACAUUUUCUCCUCUCUGAAUCAUUGUCGAAAGAGCAUGUUUAUGCCCAAUCGUAUUAAUGGACGCCAAGGACUGCUCGUCUGUGGUCGACUACUGCGUCCUUUCGUCAGCAGUUUCAGCAACGUCGCAUCUCCUCCCUCCCCUGCAAUUGGCCUCAGGGAUCACAACAUCAAUCACAUGUUUGGUGCCUACGAGGAGGUUCUUUCAAUCAGGAUUCACUAUCUUCGUCAGGGCCUAGGAGCCAACAAUAUCCUCCUUUUUCCCGGUCCAUUCGGCUCCAUCAGGACUGAUUACAUGGUCUUCCUACAGCGUCUUAACAGUAAUGAGUACGUUCCGUGGGGCGGCUUGACACUCUGUUUUGACCAACUGGUGUAG